AUGAUACCGGGAGAGGCACAACUUGGUCGCGAUGAGGAAGAUGCCACCGAGUCUGCCUCUCUAUUGCACGCGGCUGGCCAUGGCGACAAUCGGAAGGACGAGUCUCGUUCCGCCUCUAGACUCUUGCUGAGGAUCUAUCUCAUUGUUUUCUGUCUAAGUCUUGGGACACAGAUUCUGCAGCUGGCGCAGAUCCAAGUCUUUGAGUCCAUUUACUGCUCUCAAUGGUAUCAGCGGCAUCCCAUCGAUGAGCUUCCCAGCCACAGCCACAUUCCCGAAUCAUAUUGCAAAAUCGCCCAGGUUCAAACGCAGAUAUCCACACUCAAGGGGUGGCUCGAGUUCUUCAACGCAGCACCAGGUCUCCUCUUGAGUAUCCCGAUGGGCAUCCUGACUGACAAGAUUGGCCGACGGCACUUGAUCAUCCUCAACCUCUCGGUCUUGUGUCUGACGCAGGGCUGGACCACUUUCGUUACCUGGUUUGGUGGCCGAAUCCCUCUUCGUGCUAUUUGUUUGGGGGCAAGUCUCAAUCUGCUCAGCGGUGGCGGGAUUGUCACGGAGCUCCUAUAUGUUUGUAUUUUGACGGACAUCAGCCCGCGCGACCAAGUAGCCGAGACCUUCUUUCGCACCACCGCCUUCGGACAGUUCAGUAAGGUGCUUGGCCCCUUCAUGGCGGCGGCCUUGAUGCGUUUUGACCCAUGGUUGGCUGUCUACUGUGGACUUGCCUUCUUGGUCAUUUCCGUCAUUCUUGCCACAGCUGUCCCUGAAACUCUGCACUGGCGCACAAAGCCUCAAGAUGGACAGUCACAAUCUCAGGAGCAUCAAGGCGGCCGAGAUUCAAACUCGGCCGCUCGAAAACCACGGCUGCUGGCUUUACGGCACCUUCUGAAGGUCUGGAGCGACUGGCGACUGGUCUUUGUUGCUUUGACUUACCCGUUCCGAUUGGUGUGCUAUGCCUUGGGCGAAAUGCUGCAGCGAUACAUCUCCGACCGCUAUGGCUGGACGCUCGCCGAUGCCACACUGAUCUAUUCAGCCCAAGCGGUCGCCGCCGGUCUGGUGCUUUUCACCGUGUUGCCCCUCAUAUCUGGCCACAUCGAUCGAAGAUUCAGGUUCAGCAUUAUCCAGAAGAACGUGGUGCUGUCCCGAGCUGCACUUCUGGUCAUGUCCGCGGCAUAUGCUCUGAUAGGAUUGGCACCGACUGUGCUCCUCACAUUUGUUGGGCUCUUGAUCGAAACAUUGUCGACUGGGUUUCCGGCGACGUUGCGAGCAAUCGCGACAGCACUCGUAGGAGAUGCUGAUAGGGGUAGGGUCUUUUCAGUGCUGGGCAUUGCAGAGACGCUCAGCAUCAUGAUGGCCUAUCCUGUGACGGCAGCGCUGUUCAAUAUAGGAAUUGAGAAGGGGGGAGGGCCGUGGCUUGGUCUACCCUACGAUGUCAUUUCGAUUGCUGCUGCUGUGGGCUUCGUAGCGAUGUGCCUCGUUCGCUUCGACAGGCCGGUCAGGUUAUGA